AGAUGGGAAAAAGCCGUGACAGUGAGUGACCUACAGGUGGCUUUAAGAAUUCUCUACGGCCUCCGGAUAAACCUUUGCGAAAACCACCGGAGGAGUUUUAAAAUUGGCCAUGUCGUCUUCGUCGCUGCUCGUUCGUCUUCCACUCUACAAGAUAGAUAUAUAUAUAUUCUUCAACAGAACUAAUUUGCAGGUUUGAACUCUUGAGAUUAAAAGCUAGCAAUUGUACUGCAUGGUUAUGGCAAGUGUGAUAAUGGCCCCAGCUCUUGGCUUCUUCUCUAUGAAGAGAAGCAGCAGAGGUUCUGGUAAGUCAAACGGUAUAACUGGGGCAUCUCAUGGCGAAAAGGCAAUGCGAGUGGACAAACCCUUGGAGGAAUUGUACAAUGUGAGGUUGGAAAGGAAAGUGUCGCCAGAACGGCUGGCAGAGCUUGGGGUUUCAAGAUGGUCAGUUUGGAAGACUGGCAAGUGCAAGUUACCAUGGGACUGGCAGGUUGAUCAGUUGGUUUACAUUGAGGAAGGAGAGGUGAGGGUGGUUCCUGAAGGGAGUGAACGGUUUAUGCAAUUUGUGGCUGGGGACCUUGUUCGUUAUCCAAAGUGGUUCGAGGCAGACCUCUUCUUCAAUGGUCCAUACCAAGAACGUUACAGUUUCCGGGCAUAUGGUGAUGACUCAUAGUCCAGCAUUUUCAUACUUUGGCAUGGAGUUGUCCCCUUCUGUCUUGCUUUAACUUGUUUCCAGUAUUUGCCAUACUUCUAUGAUUUUGAAGGUGGGGUCAAACAACAACUAUUGUACUGCUACUACUAGGUUCUGGGUUCCGAGGUAUCUGCUUCCCCCAUUAUUUACAAGAUAUUAGUUAAUGUAUCAAAUUUUUCUCAAUUUGUAGUUGUACUAAACAGUGCCCAACACUGGCCACCGUACCUGCGAGAGUGGAAAUUAGUUGCAGUUUAGAACACUACUUGUCUAUGAAUAGAAAUUUUUACUUUCA